AUGUCUAUCCCUGGUUUAGGCCGGGAGACGCAACCGGCGGCCCCGAUAAGCACAAAUCGUACGCUCACCCUCAAUCCGUUUUGGGAAUGGCGCUUCGAAGUCGGCUUCAACUCCGAGAUCAAAGUCAAACUCAUCUCCGGCACGGCGGAGAAGGACGGCACCGAAUUGGCCUCCCAGCAGGCCUACCGCUUCAGCGGCGUCAAGUCCAAGAUCCUCACCCUGCAAGGAUGCAAAAUCCAAGUCGACGGCAUCCCCCAUGACGAAUUCGUCGCCGAAGUCUACCAGCCCACCGACUCGCCCAUGAACUCCUACCUGAACCUACACUUCAAGCUCACUGCCAUGAGGGAAACCGCUGCGGCUGGUGGUACCGAUGGACCCAGGGUGUUGAUUUGCGGAUCACACAAUACGGGGAAGACGAGCGUCGCUCGGACACUGGCAAGCUACGCCACCCGCGUCGGCUUCCAGCCCUUGGUGGUGAAUGCCGACCCCAAGGAGGGCAUGCUGGCGUUGCCCGGCACGCUCAGCGCUAGCGUGCUUGCGUCCGUUCUGGACAUAGAGGCCGUCGAUGGAUGGGGGACUACGCCUACGAGUGGGCCGAACCAAGUCCCCGUCAAGCUGCCUCUUGUGUUCUUUUACGGCAGGGCAUCGCCCACGGAGGCACCCGAUCAGUAUCGUGAGCUCGUCACCCGGCUGGCGGGGACGGCGACGUCGCGAUUUUCGCACGAUUCGAGUGUGAGGAGUUCUGGGAUUAUUGUCGAUACGCCUGCGGUGGACGAGAAGAGCCGGGCUGAAACGGACCUUCUCGUGCAUAUUGCCGAGGAAUUUUCUGUGAACAUUGUCAUCGUUCUCGGGUCGUCACGCUUGACUGCGGAACUUUCUAAACGCUUGUCACACGAGGAGACGGGGCCGGGGGAGAAGACCCAUGUUAUCCUUCUUGACAAGUCAGAUGGUGUCGCCGAGCGGGACGAGGCCUUCAGAGAACAAACGUGUGAAGCAUUGAUUAAGGAAUACUUCUUCGGCAGCGUUGGCCGCACCCUCAGCCCCGCCACGCAGCAAGUUGACUUUGACAGCCUGACGAUCUAUCGAUUGGGCGACUCCUCAAUAUAUGGAACGCGCGAUGACGGGAUCAUGGUGGCAGAGCCAUCACCUCUGAUGACGCAUUCGACAUUGGCAAUUGCGCACGCCUCUACGAAGGACUCGCCCGAGACGAUUCGCACUGCCAAUUUGAUGGGCUUUGUGUAUGUGGCCGACGUCGAUAAGGAACGGCGAAAGAUGAAGAUAUUAGCCCCCGUGGCUGGCCGGUUGGGAGAUCGGCCUUUUCUCUGGGGAUCGUGGCCUGAGCCAUUCGUGAACCUGUUGGGUUAG